CUCAUCUGCCAGACUCUGGAUGGAGAAGAAGUGCACAUCUGCGGGGAUGGGAGGAGCGACAGCCCAGGUCAUUCAUCUAAGUACACAACCUAUUCUUUUAUGGAUGACGCCACCAAACAGAUCGUUGGUUUGGAUUUAAUUCAGGUGACCCAAGCCAAAAAUUCAGUCGCCAUGGAGCCGAUGGGUUUCAAGAAAGGGCUGGAUAAGCUGUUGGAUGAAGGGAUUGCUGUAAAAGUGGUAACCACUGAUAGACAUCCCUCCAUUAGGAAGAUGAUGAGAGAGGACUAUCCAGAUGUAACACACCAGUUUGACCCUUGGCAUGUGACAAAAGGGAUAAAAAAGAAAAUGGUUGUGGCAGCAAACAGGAGAAGUUGCAAGGACCUUGCACCAUGGACAAAAAGUGUGAGCAACCACAUGUGGUGGAGCUGCAGCUCAUGUAAAGGAGAUGCAAAGGAGUUACGGAGACGAUGGACGUCCGUCCUCCAUCAUAUCCGUGGUGUUCAUCGAUGGGAGGACGAUGGAAAUGAACACAGAUGCUACCACGAUGACCUCUCAGCAGAUGAACAACGGAUAAAAAAGUGGUUGCCACAUGAUUCACCUGCCUACAAAGCCCUGUACGAAGUAGUUAUGGACACACGUCUACUGAAUGAUCUGAAUCAAAUGACUCUCUUCAAGCACACAGGACAACUAGAGGUGUUCCACAACUCUUUACUGAAGUACUGCCCGAAGCGUCUUCACUUUGCCUAUCCAUCCAUGCAGGCACGGACAAUGUUGGCCGUCAUGGACCACAAUGAAAACCAUGACCAACCACGUCAACAGGCAACAACAGAGACUGGCCGCAAGAGACACAACAUUGUCUAUCAAAAACAAUCAAAACAAUGGAUUGCCAAGCCUGUUUACGUAAGUUCAGAAAUGAACUUAUGGAAGGAGUCAUCCGAAGAAGGCUGGACCCCUCCAUAAAAUACAGAGACCCAUCAUCACACAUUCAAGUUCCUCGCCUGGCAUCGGUCUGCCAAAACCCAGCAAGGAGGACGUCAUGAAAGGCCACUCUUCACGCUUCAAAGUGUCAUCCUAGUCUUCAACAAUUUUUUUUCUUUUCCUACAUGUGAAACUCACUUACAUGCUUUGUUAGCAUUAUUGAUAAGCAUGUGUGUAGUCAUUGGUCUAGCAGUUCUGCAUAAGCAGUUGUAUCACAUGUUGUAGAGGCAAUACUGGAUUACACCAAAAGUAAACUUACAUAUUCAAAGAAUAGAGGAUGUACAGUA